GAUGCUCAACCUCCAUGCAAUACUUCUGUUGUUUAAGAAGGUUCGCUUCACCCUCGCGAACAUCCUCAGGUUUCCUGCGAGAGUUGUUUUGUUUCUGACGAAGUUGCUGCACCGCCUUCUGGUUAAGUUCCGAGCACUGUCUUCUCGGGGUAACGAACCUGGGGCGGACUCGAACUUAAAGCUCUCAUCUAGGGGAUGCAUCUUGAACGAUUCACUUGGCCAGGAUACUCAGGCCUCUGCAGAGUUCAACCCCACCGGGAAGCUGGAGAACUUGAUAGAAAGUGAAGCCGAGGUUCUAGACGAUGUAGUAUCCUAUUCCAGCAUCCCCCGAAUCGGACAGCAAAGUCCAAUGCCUUCCAGCAGCGUCAUGGAGCACACCAUCACCGUGUCUUAUGAGUCACCAAAGCCAACCCCGACCUACCGCAUGUCCGACGAGAUCGAGAACUUGGUGGCAAUUACAACGAAGGUGGAGUACGAGCGCUACGAACGGAAUGAGCCAUGUGAAAGAUAUGACGACCAACCUUAUACAAUUGAGCCAUUCACCAAGUCGUUUUCUCGCCCAAAUUUACCCGAUGGUUGGAUAACGUUCGUUCACCCAGAAGGUGUGCGAUACUUUCUGAAGGAAACCCGGCCAAUACCUGUUCUAACCGAAGCAUACAUCUACAGCCCGGAAAUCCACAAACAAAUUGAGAGCUAUAUCUCUCAAAUAUUCUCGUACAUCAACCGGAAUUCAAUCGCCUUUGAAAAUUCCUUCCUUGUGCUCGAGCUGAGGCAGAGCGGCCGCUGUGGAUACUACUUCGUUGACCACAUCAACAAGUGCUUGUUCUGGUUAGAUCCUUUUGAAUUCAGUCACUUGCUGGACCCCCUCAAGAUUCCGUAUACAGCCUCUCUUGUUGGUCUGGUUAUGCAUUCGCACUACUGGUACCACAACGAGCUCUUUCCUCAUGUCUAUCAGUCGACCGAAGGUGACCUCAAUGAAAUCUCUGACAUCUUGGUAUACAGCAUUGGAGACCUCCUUACAGCCGGUCCGAACUCGGUGGUUAGCUAUGAUCUUGAUACCUUGAAAGCGUCGUUGGAAUUAGUAAAGCAUUUCCAAAAGCAAGAUCAGUCUCUUCAGAGUCGAUCUCCUGGCGGAGCUCGGUUCAUAGAUCGAAUGGCAUCCUACUUGGACCACGACAGGUUCCUGAACCUCCACGGGGAACCUGGUGCUCGGCUGGAUGCCGGUCAAUCGAUUUAUGGGCCUCAGCCAGAGAAGAAUUCUCUUCUGAUGAAAAUCCUCUCGCCUCUGAUGAUUUAUGGGCCCGAUAGCCAUCUAUAUCGACUGGAGGAGACCACCGUUGAUUACAUGGUCAGCAAGCGAAGCUGGGAAGGAUUUGCUGAGAAGAUCUUCGAAGAGUGGAGGGAAACGAUUCUAUAGGCAACAGUCGUCUUGAAUGCCAACGUCGCUUUCCUGGCCAUCCAGAGCGUCGAUGAGGCAGCAGCUCCUCAUCGGCGGACUGAUUCCCAACGAGCAAGCUAUUUCUCCGUUCUCACCAGCCUCGGCAGCAUCAUCUUCGGAUUGCUGCUGGUACGUCAGCACAGAGAGGUCAUGACGACACAAUUCGUCGUCAACAGAAGUGCGUCUCACAUUGGUUUGGAGACUCUGGCAAUGAUGUUCAGUCUACCAUAUACCCUUCUCAUGUGGUGGAUGAUCUCGUUUCUGCUCGCUUUCCUGCUUUUGUUGUACCAUUCACAGGAUGUGCUUGUCAUCAGCCAAACAUCAGUGGUAUGUUUCGCUUACUUAUUACUGUUGUUUUGGUCCAUUUCUACGGCGUAUGAGCGUGAUGUUUAUCGGUGGGAAUCGCCCUUACAAAGUUUUUCUUUGCUAUUCGGAAGAGGUACACCUCAGGAGAACUCGAGAGCGUG